UUACAUAUUAUAAUAAUAAAAAAAAUAAACUUUUUAACCAGCUGAGUUACUUUAGUUUUUUUUUUAUAUAUGGCACUGGACUGAAGAUCUACACAGAGCUGGCAGGAAAAAACGGAGAUUCUGGAUUUGUGAGAGAAAAGAAGAAAAGAAGAAGAGAGUAUUUUCUGCAGCAGCCAAGUUGCAUGAAUAAAAUCUGGGUAUUUGUGUGGGUCUGUUCCGCUCCUCAGACAGGAGCACAGUCACUUCGCCUUCGAGGACAACGAUGAGCAGGAGAAGCUGAGGAACAGCAGCUGAUUGUGACAUCGCUCGGAGCUUUGUAUGGGUCAUUCUCAUCAACCAAAGACUGAGCAAACAUCUUGACUCCAGCAGAGCUACAGCUGUCCUCAGCCUGGUUGUGGUCUGAGGGGACUCACAUCAAAGGAGCAGAGCCCCAGUAACGCCACACCCCUGGCCAUGAUGCAGGAGCCGCAGGAGGUGGUGGAGGAAACGGUCACCAUAGAGGAGGACCCCGGCACCCCCACCUCCCACGUCUCGGUGGUCACCUCUGAUGAUGGAACCACGCGGCGCACAGAGACUAAGGAUAUGUCAACCAAUGUGAAGGUGACCAAGAUGGUGAAGACGGUGACUACCAGAACGGUGCGUCAGGUUCCCCUGGGGCCAGAUGGCUUACCCCUACCUGAAGGCUCAUCCCCUUUGAGCAGCUACACCGAUUCCAUUGACCGACGAUACAUGAAGAACGGAGGUGAACGCUUCAUCACACCCCAAGCGACUUCGACCCUGACACGUGGCUAUAACAACUCUUACAACGACUCAUACGGGGAAACACCGGAGAGCCAGUACAUCCGCCACUAUGGCCUGCAUGACGGCUACGCCGAUUUGACAGACAACUAUGGCAGCCUGUCGCGGGGCAUCAACUUCCGGCCGCCGCGUUACCCCUACAUGCCCAACAGCUACCGUCCGGAGAACAGCUACACUCUGCCUAUUCGCAAGGACGACUACGGCCACGUGGCGCAGCCUCAGGUGCCUAUGGGGAGCAGCACAGUGGAUCUAAACCGCUCCCAACCAGAGCGAUUUCAACCUGAGCCGUACGGCUUGGAGGAUGAUCGACGCAGCUUGGGACCUGAAGAGGAGGAGCCGUACGAGCUAGAACCCGACUACUCCACCGCCAGCCGCCGAACCCUGCCGGGGACUAACCGCAGCCGCACUCACAGGGAACCUCUACGUGACAUGCACAGGGUCAGAGGGUACCCAGAUGACCCCAUUGAGGCAGAGCUGAUUGAUGAGCGCCACCCUUACAUCCAUGGUAUGUAUUCAGCACCGCUUGCUCAGCCUGAGAGAGGAAGCAUGGCCAGUCUGGACCGAAUGGCUGGCAGACGUUCCCCUUCCAUCGACAGCAUCCGCAAGGACCCACGUUGGAGGGACCCCGAUCUCCCCGAGGUCAUUGCCAUGCUGGGUCACCCUAUUGACCCGGUGAAGUCCAACGCCGCUGCCUAUCUGCAGCACCUGUGCUAUGAGAACGACAAGAUAAAGAAGGAUGUUCGCCAGCUGAAGGGGAUUCCUGUUCUGGUAGGGCUUUUGGACCACCCCAAAUCCGAGGUUCACCGCAAAGCCUGUGGAGCGCUUCGGAACAUCUCCUACGGCAAGGACAACGAGAACAAAGUGGCCAUCAAGAACUGUGAUGGUAUUCCAGCCCUUAUCCGUCUGCUGAGAAAGACCAAUGACAUGGAGGUUCGAGAGCUGAUCACCGGUACUCUGUGGAAUCUGUCAUCCUAUGAGCCCCUGAAAAUGGUGAUCAUCAACCAUGGGCUGCAGACCAUGACCAACGAGGUCAUCAUCCCCCACUCUGGUUGGGAGCAUGAACCCAACGAGGACUCGAAGCCACGUGAUGCAGAGUGGACUACCGUCUUCAAGAACACGUCCGGCUGCCUUAGAAACGUGAGCUCAGACGGCGCAGAGGCCCGGCGCAGACUGAGAGAAUGCGAUGGACUGGUGGACGCUCUGCUGCACGCUCUGCAAUCUGCUGUAGGGAAGAAAGACAUGGACAACAAGUCUGUGGAGAAUUGCGUUUGCAUUAUGAGGAACCUCUCCUAUCACGUGCACAAAGAGGUGCCAGGAGCUGAGAGGUUCCAGGAUCCCUCAGCUCUGCAGGCUCCUGGGUCUGCAGGACCGCAAAGGAAAAAGAAGGAUGACGCUGGCUGCUUUGGAGGGAAGAAGGCCAAAGAGGAAUGGUUUAAUCAAGGCAGGAAGAAUGGGGAAAAUGACAAAAACUACGACACAUUGGAUCUGCCUAAACGUACAGAGCCUUCCAAAGGCUUCGAGUUGCUGUACCAGCCAGAAGUGGUGAGGCUCUACCUGUCUCUGCUGACCGAGAGCCAGAACUACAACACCCUGGAGGCAGCUGCAGGGGCUCUGCAGAACCUCAGCGCUGGACAGUGGACUUGGUCCAACUACAUCCGAGCCACGGUGCGGAAGGAGAAAGGUCUCCCCAUCCUGGUGGAGCUGCUGCGUUCCGACUCUGACAAGGUGGUCCGAGCUGUGGCCAUCGCUCUCCGCAACCUCUCCAUUGACCGACGCAACAAGGAUCUGAUUGGAAGCUACGCAAUGCGGGACCUUGUCAGCAACCUGCCAAGUGGUCAGCAAAGACCAGCCAAGAACCUGGAGGAGGACACCGUGGUGGCCAUCCUCAACACCAUUCACGAGAUUGUGACGGACAGCUCGGAAAACGCUCGCUCCCUCAUCCAGGCCCAGGCCAUCGAGAAGCUGGUCGCCAUCAACAGGACGAGCCAAUCAGCUCGUGAAACAAAGGCGGCAUCACAUGUACUGCAGACGGUUUGGAGCUACAAGGAGCUGAGGAACGCUUUGGCAAAAGACGGUUGGAACAAAAGCCACUUCCAGCCCACUGUGACGGCCACCCCUAAAACCACCAAGAAUGGAAAACCAGGUUAUGACGACACCACCCUGCCGCUGAUGGAGAAGAACCAAGAUGGUUACUCCACCAUUGACCAGAGGGACAAGGACUGCAAAUACAAAACAGACGACGGCUCUGCGGACCUGACAGAACGGGAACCAUUGAAGAAUGACACAAAUAGGAAACACUAUAUCAGGAGUAACAGGCCUGCGGUCAGUCUGGUGGACGCUUGUGAUGUUAAGCCUCAGCCUGUUGACUCCUGGGUCUAAGUGCAUGCAUGGCUUAAACCAGCAAUAGAGCGACAUCCCCGACUACAAGAGGAUCCCUCAUAUCACCACUGCCAUUUCACAAGAGCUCACCUUUGGAGCGGGACUUUGAACAGAGAAGAGCAUUUAAAACAAAAUAUACGGCCACAGCAGAAACAACCCAGCAGCAGUCAUGUUUUACAACGGAGGAAAAAAAAGACAAAAAAAAAAAAAAAAGAGUACUGACACUUCCUACUCUUUCAUAUCUACAUUCCUCGAUAUCAUGUGAAUUUUUACAGUGUUGACUCCUGCUCAGAGUAUAUUUGAUAGAAAUGGAAAGAGCAAAGUGAAUCUGAAAGGAAAGGAGAUGAGGAAAAGGACUUAAGGGAGUUUGAAUGGUUUGAAUUUGGUACGUUGUUAUGAAAAAGGAGCAGAGAAAAUGACAGAGGGAGGAGAAAAAUGAAAGGAAAGAACCGAGCCUGAGGAGAGCCCUAGCAUUGUAGAGGUAAACAGUUAUAUCCUUAAAAGCAAAACAAAAAAAAAUCUAUCUGGGUUCACUGUGUUCCUGUUUUUUAUGAACACAAAAGGAAGCGACACUGCUUUUACAUCAGGAGUGAGCAGCAGGUUAUCAGGGUUAUGGAACCAGUACGUAGGGAUCUGGGGAGAGGCUAGUGACGUUUCAUCCUCACACAGCAUCACAGGAGGAACAAAAUCCUGAGUGAGUUUCUGUUUGCUUCAGCCCGUAUGAAGCCGUCGGCUUCGCUCACUGCCGCCGGCUUUCUUUCAGUGUGAACUCUCAGGUUGUGUGUGGCGGUGCAGGUUUCGGCUGUUCGCUGGUCCUCUGUGUUGUGUAUCAAAGAGGAUUUAUGGCAUUAUGUUUAUAAAUGAUGUGUUUCUAAAAAGUGUUAAAGAAAUGGGGUUGGUCUAAAAGCAUUUACGUUGGAUUUUUUUUUUCAUAAAAAAAAAAUAAAAGAAAAAAAAAAAAAACCAAAGAAAAAAAAAAAAAAAAAAAGAAAAAUCUGAUUCCUUACUUGUAUAUCGAUAUCACCUUGUUUGGAAAGCACAUUUCAUCUGAUGAAGGCUCACUGUUGUUUGUAAACCAGAAAAAUAACCGUCUUGCAUAAUUUAAACGUGUGUCAAAUGUCGUCGAGCCAAACCGGCGAUCACCUAUUUAUAUUUUGUAUUUGUGGAAAAGGUCACAGAGACGAAGGUGUAUCCGUUUUGUUCUUCAUCACGCAGGUGGAUCCGUGUUUGUGGCAGCUCCUGUCUAUUCAAAACAGGAACAACAGGAGACUUUUAAUUUAAAGAAGAAGAAAACUAUACAUAUAUAUAUCUUCCUCAUGCGUUUGGGUGUUUCUAUUACCAUCACCCCCACCUUGUCUGCAGCAUCUUCAAGGAGAUGAUCCAGUUGUUGGCAUGCAGAUCUUUCUACUCUAUUCUGUUCUUUUCAAGUGCCAGUUUUUCUUUGUGAGGUCAUUUGGAUGUUACUUAACCCACUCGUGCAGAAAGAGGGUUGCUAACGGCUAGAGACAAAAGGACAGUGUGUAAAUUAAAGAUGGGUCAUAUAUAAAUAUAUAUAUAUUUUUUACGGUUGAGAUGCAGAAUCGUGUUGCCAUUACGGAGAAUCGAACCCGAUCUGAUUUCAUGUGUCAGUCGAGGCGAACGGCAUGUGCCUGCGUUCAAGUCUGCUUUUAUUUUGGUUUUUGUUUGUGACGUAUGUGACUUUGUAAAGCUUGCAUCUUUUACAGUGUUUACAAAGGUGUACGUUGUGGUAAAAAAAAACAAACUAUUAAAAUAAUUGUUUCUGUAUGUUAAAACCCAAACAAACAAACAAAAAAAAAAACCUCCCAACUGUUCAUAACCCAAACGACCCUUAUGUGCGUCCUCAGACACGGGGGCUUCUCAUUGGAUGAAGACCCAGGUGACUGUCUCAUUCUUGAAUGCACUACCACAACCAAAGGAUCAGGAGUCGGACUCGUGGUUUCUAAAGUAAUAAAAGGCUUCUGGGUUAUGUGAAUGUGCGGCCUGUUGUUCAUUUACAGAACAUAGAGCUGUAAGACCCACAGAGACACCAGGAAUCAAACAGACCUACCUGUGUAGAUACAACAGAUUCCAGACCGCCAAACUACAGUAACUGAGUAGCAGAUGUGUUUGUACCUAUCAUGUGCCUUAAUCUUUUCCAUGCUAGAUAAAGAUAACUGUGUUUUAUAUAAAUCCAUUCCACAUCUUCCCCCUUCCUUCCCUGUAUCAGCCCCCCCUCCCACCAUCCAGCUCAUCCAUUCAUCCAUCCAGGCCCCUCUCCCCUGGCUGUCCCCCAUCCUAAGUAGUUUAGACUGUUGGCGGGUUGCUGCCUUGUAUUACAUUGUACUAUAAACUUUUAAUGAGUUAGAGCGCAUAUGACAAAUGGAUUUGAUUUCCUAGAAGUAAAGCUGUUGGAGCUUUCGUAGCGAGCAGAAGCGAUGCCGGAGUGACAGAAUGUAUUAUGUUAAUUUUACUAAUACCCAGAGGCAAAUAUUACGCUUGUUAAACAUACUGGAAAAAUACUGGUUUGUAGAGUAUAAAUUUGGUGUGUUUUCAAUAAAUCAUGCCUGGAAA